CACUUAAUGUUAGCAAUAGGAAUACCCCAAGAAUUUUCCCCCUUCUAUGAUGUUAACAAUUUUGCACCAGGAAAAGACGGUCCUGGUAAGAGCGCAGCCCAAAUAAAAUGCGCUUUGACUUUACAUAAGCAUUCACAUAAGGCUCCAUGUUUCGCAAAAACUAUAUGUUCAAGAGUUGUAAUUUUGAAAUUUUUUGGCAAGCAAAGUCGCAUUCAAACAAUCACUCUUUAUGGGGCUAAUCAGGGUUAGUGGAACAGCAUUAGUGGAACAGAACUUUAAGAAGUUUGGUCCAGGAUUACGGACGUUUGGUAAUUUCUCGACAGAACGAUGGGAUUCUCCACACUUGCCGGAUGCGGAGCUUCUUGAAAAUGGUGCGCGGAAUACGAGAUUUUUAUAAUGUUUGCAGAAUUCUUAACAUGUUGUCUUGAAAAAAUAACUAGUCAAAUCCUUUUUUUUUUGUAGCAGGCUAGGUUUUUCUGGUCAACAAUUUUGGGACGCGUAAUUUUCACUCAAAUGACCGGAACGGAGAGACUGCGCAAUAAAUUGCGCAAAACGGUGGAUUUGUACCUCCUUGAUGACCCCCCUUUAUGAAUUCAUAUGCCAGUGUGAUUUUAGCUUUGUAGGACGCACAUCCCAUUAUAAGUAUAAAAAACAUGCUUGGCCUGUUUCGAUCCACCACUAGGGGUUUUAUUCUCUAAGAAGUGUCAGAUGAAAACUUUUUAGCACGCUCUAAAUUGCUUGCUUUUUCCAAAUCCAAUAUCAAAUUUUGCACCGCUUAGAAGUUGUGAACAUAAGGUGUAUCCCAUUAUUUUCCAUGUAGGGACAAAUGACCAGUGCAAAUGACUUGUUAACUGCGAAGGAGCCCAUUAACAACAACAACGAUAUAUUGACGCGCCAAUGUGAAUGUUGUGUGUCCAUGCUGGGGCUGCAUAAAUUUGAAGUCAAAUGUAACAAUAAUCGAAAGAUCUAAAUAUUAACCUGCCAUUAUUUUCAAUAUUUGUAUAAGAUAGUGCAGCAACUGCAAAAUCGUUCAUUGAUCUGUUUUGGUUAGGCCGUCUAGGGGCCAGCAAGGUACGAUUCCAUGGAAAUUGACGAAGAAGAUGGCGCUGGUGGUGAAAUAAGGCAGACGGUCGAUGCUGAUGACCCAAAUGAAGGUGUAAUGCCUGGCAUUGAGGAAAACACUAAUGAUGUUGUAAUUAUCAGAGAUGAUGAAGAAAUUGAUGAACAAAAAGUUACUCCACAGAAUGGGGAAUCUAAACCCAAAGACGAAGUAGAGGAUUUUGAUAAUGGCCCUGAAAGUGAUGCAGAGGAACAAGGCUGUCCUGUAUGUUUUGAGCCAUGGACCAACUCUGGAUCUCACAGACUUGUUUCAUUAAAAUGUGGUCAUUUAUUUGGUAAAAGUUGUAUAGAGAGAUGGCUUAAAGGUAAAAAAAAGACAAGGAAGUGCCCACAGUGUAAUUGUCCAGCCAAGAGGGAAGACAUUCGAAAUAUCUACUGCAAGGCUCUAAAAGCCACUGAUACAUCAGAGCGGGACAGGGCUUUGGAAGAGCUGGAGGAGGAGAAAAUGAAGAGGAUGAGGGCGGAAGAUGAAUGCUCGAGGACCAGGAUUUAUUUCGAACAAGCGCAGAUAGAACUGAUUAAGCUUCGAAUGCAGUUGGAGCAAGAAUCAAUAUCGCAAAGGCACAAUGCUGCUUUGGAGGAACCAUCAUCGUCACAAACUACGUCAUCGCAAGGCCUAUCUUCACAGGAAGCUUACCCAAGACCAAGCGAGAAUACCACUCGACACAGGCUCAUCCACCUAAAAACAAUAAAAGUCUCUCAGAGCAAAGCCCGUGUUAUGGCCUAUGACAAAACCCAUGCAAUGAUGGUUGCCUCAAAACCUUCACCGAAUCAAAUGUUUCCUGGUUAUGGUAUUGCCAAGGUGAGCUCUCUUGAAUCACGGACCAGCGAAUAUGUUCCAGUGCAUCAAAGCUGCAUCCGCGAUAUCUGUUUUAAUUCAAGCGGUGAUCGACUGCUUCUUAGCGCAUCAAUGGACAAAACUCUCAAGAUCACAAGCAUGACUAGCAGUAUGGUCGUUCUAAGCUACACAUGCCCUGCUUCCGUUUGGUCCUGUCAGUGGAAAAGCACAGACACGAAUUACGUAUUCGCUGGGUUACAAAACGGUCAGUGCCACGUGUUUGACAUCCGUAACACUGAUGAGCCUUGCAACAUCUUUCAAGCCUCGCAAGAUGCGUCUUGUCCCGUAAUAUCAAUGGUUUACCUAUCUGAUGUUUCAAAUGGUGGCGUCGGCCCAAAAGGCCUUCUCACUUGUUCACUCAACCGACCAGUUUUCUGGGAAUUUCGGGAUACAGAUGGGUUUUACAAUCGUCCAUUUAAUGUUUCUUCAGGGCCACUUUGUGGGUUGGCUGUCGACGAAGUUUCAAGGAAGUGUCUUCUAUCAUAUCGCCCUUCAGUGAAAUUUCCGAAUUUGAGGUACCAGGUGUAUAGUCUGACUAACCUUGGAAUCACAAAUCCGCUUCCCAAUAGACCUUCCGCCCAAUUUAUUGGAAGCAGCGUAAGCAAAGUGCUAUCCCGCUCAGCCUUGUUCAGCUACGAUGACGUAUUGUAUGGGGCUACUGGUGACCAGGCCACUUCCACGACGGUGCUCUGGAAUGGCAGAACUGGUGCAGUAAGGCAGAAAAUCCAAUCAUCGGAACCAGUGCUUGAUAUUGUUGCAUUCAACUCAAACGCAGAUGUCAGCUUUGUAUCUACGCUGACAGAGCAGAAGCUCAGUAUCUACAGAUGGGAAUGAAUUGCAAGCAUCUCGGUUAUUGUCAUUGAAGAGGCAUAUAAAAAUGGCGGCUUGAAUCCAAACUGAGGCAAUUUGGAAAUGGCUCUUGGCUUCAUGACUUUUAAUGGGUGAAAGCCUGUUUUGGGCAAUGAAAAAUUUAUUGGAUUGAUGUUGAAUGAAUUUAAACUUUUAUAGCGUGGCUAGGUUGGAUGAUUUUAUGAAGGACUCUGGUGCUAAGCUGCUCAUGCUGCAUUCCAUUGCUAGAAGUGGAACCAAUGCCUUCAUUAAAAGCUGAGAAAGCAACAAAAGCUAGCAGCAUGCUUGUUAUUUUUGUGGUCUAAUUUAGUAUGGUCAGAAGAUUUUUGUGUGGAGACAAAGGAGUGGGAGGGGAAAAAAUUUAACAGAAAACUGAUGUCAAGGAAGAGUUUGAUAGAAAACUGAUGCUAUUUCAUCUUAAAGUAGAAUAAUAGAUAAUUGUUCAGACACCCUUUCGAAUCUUGGUAUGGACUAAAAGACCCCAGAAACGCCUCCCCUCUUCAGUUUGUACUGAUAUCUAAAGGUGUACAUUUUUCAACCAGUUUUUAGUAGCUAUGAGUGACUCCCUGAGGGCAACUACUCUCAUUUUGAAUGAAUAACUCAAGAUAUAUGAAUCUUUUAGAUUUCUUUAUGUUAUUUAUACUUUUAUAUAAGUAAUUGAACAAAUUUUAAUCGACCUUACCCUAAUAGACUUUAAUAGCUUGGUCCGAUAUAACCAGGUUUUUUUUAAACCUUCGUUUUAACUUUUUGGGGAACACCUCUAUUAAACGGCUUGGAAUGCUGAAGGUCACCUUCCUAAAUGCUUUCAGUUAUGACAAAGAAAUUGUACAUUUCAAUAUUUUCAAUUAUUUUCCAAAUGUUAUAAAUCGGUUAAACAUCCUUUUAAAUUUCACUGUUUUUUACUAACUUCUGAUGAGAACUUUCUACAAUUUCCACGAAUCCUGAAGCAAAUUUGACAGAUAUACCCAAGUAAAUGGGGCACCAGGGUAAUUAUCACAACAGGGUAAUUAUCACACCAGGGCACCAGGGUAACCCUCUACUUCUGCCUCUGAAAAUAAUAGUUGUAUUUGACAUAUAAUAUCGAAAUUGAAUUUUAUUUCUAACACUCCAGUAUCGAGCAACCUGCAUUGAAAAUGUAAUUUUGUCUAUUGAAUUGUAAAUAACUUGACACAAUGCCGCUAUAAUAGUUUUAAAUAGAAUAAAGAAAAAAUGUCAGUUUUGUUUAAAUUGUUAUGUUGCUACAAUAUUUUGUUACAAGUUUGUUAAAAAUUUAACUUUCUUAUGAUGUUCUUGCCUUUCAAGGCUAAUUUUUAAUUCAAAUAUAUGUUCCUUAUACGA